AUGAGCUCUGCCUUCAACCUUUCUAGCCCCUCCUUCCAGCCUCCUAUGCCCCCUAAGCCACAAGCCCCAGCUGCCACAGUCGCCGCUGCGGGCAUCAUGGAUCCUUGGGGUGGUAAUGCAUGGAACACACCCGAGCCUGCCCCGGCACCAGUUUCUUCCCCGCCUGCUGCCUCUGGUGCAUCUAUGAUGAAGCUUCCCGACACACUAACUGCCAAUGAUAUUGGAGGUGGUUGGGGUAUGUCCAGUGCGGCAUCCAAGCCGACUCCCACCGUGGCUGCUGAUGAAGACUUUGGCGGAUGGACCAGCGCUGCUCCUGUCUCCUCUGGGCCUACUUCAACCUCGAACAACUCAGCCAAGCCAGCAGGCGGGUUUGGUGGAUCUGACGACCUCUUCUCCAACGUAUGGGAAUAA